AUGUCAGAAGAAGAUAAGGACAAAUCACAGACUAGUGAUUUCAGUGAUUCGGAAGAGAAGUCGAACAACGAAACCGAUUCACUCGACUCUGAAAACAGUGAAGAAGAAGAACUUGGGUUGAAAUACUCCGACAUUUUGUCAGACCCCGACUUUGACUCCAAAGAGUAUUCCAAAGAUAUGUUGCUUGAAAUGUAUGAGUAUGCCUAUGACUAUAAGAUUAUGGACUUUGAAAAAUCGAAAGACACGAUCAUGGAAUUUGUCCAACAGAUCCAGAAGUCCAACAACGACUUGAGUGAGCAAGUCAAGAAGUAUUUGAAUGAGAACAAAUCGUUAACACAAAAGAUGGAACAACUGAAGAAACUUUGUGACAACUCAAUGAAACAAAUAGUUGACCAAUACUCAGAACAGUUAUCUGAGAAGAAUAAUGAAUACGUCAAACUUCUUUCAGACUUCAGAGAAGAGUUAGAAGAGCAUGAAAAACAAAGAAAGAGAUGA